AUGACUCAAAGUGAGCUACAUUCACGUGCUAGCAGCAUUUUGAAGGAAAAUUCUUUGAGGCAUCGGAAAGAAGAGAUACUCUUAGGCCAUAACCACAGAAGCACUGAAAUAAGUACGAGGCGGAAAGUUUCUGGUGGGAUUUUAGAUAUUAACAGCUUAAAAAUGCUUGCAGAGAAGAGAGAUAUAUUUUUCCUCCUCUCUUUUCUAAUUCAUAACACUAAACCUGUUGUCCAUCAGGAUCUUGUUGGUUUGGUCAUCUCAAUGCUACUUUUAGGAGAUUUUAGCUUAGUUUUGCUUACUCUGCUCCAGUUGUAUUCAAUUUCAUUGGCGGACAUCUUUCUGGUUUUGUUUGUUUUACCGCUCGGUAUUUUUCUUCCAUUCCCUGCUGGAAUCAAUGCACUAUUCAGUCAUGGACCUAGGCGAUCUGCUGGGCUUGCACGUGUUUAUGCUUUGUGGAAUAUCGCUUCUAUGAUUAAUGUUGUAAGCUCUAUGUCCCUGAUGUCUUUUCCUAAAUUUAUUUUCUUUGUUUCUCUGAUGAUUUUUGACACUAUUCUAUGGUGGUUGCUUUCGUUUGCGGGUAUAUUCACUACAGUGGCCAGCCAAGUAGAAAACUACCAAACUUUCAGCCAUGGAACAUGUGAGAAGAAUUUUCAAGCUUUAUCAAAGGAUGAAAGUGAAUGGUGGAUUUUUCCUGUUGCACUGGUGGUUUGUAAAUGUAUCCAAUCCCAGCUCAUCAAUUGGCAUGUUGCGAAUUUGGAGAUUCAAGAUCGCUCAUUGUAUAGUAACGACUUUGAUCUAUUCUGGCAAUCAUGA